AUCAGUAAACCUUCCAAGAUCGCGUUUUAAUCUCGUUUCGAGCUCUCGUCCGGAGUAAAACGCUUUUUCUUGCUGCGUGCUUCUAGAUUUCUCCUUUUGGUGACCGCCGGAAGUUACUCGACGCUCCGCAAUGGGACAUUCGUUGAUGGCGACCUGCGUCCUCGUGGCCGCACUCGUGCUGCCGAGACUUAUUCACGGACGUCCUGCGACCAACGAUGGGUCGGUCUUGAGCAUGUUGGAGUCACGUGUCUCGAAGCCGGAGAAUUUCUCAGAACCAAAAGCGAUCUCGCCGCUCAUGGUGCAAGAAAAUCUAUCGAUCCCAGCUAAAUCUCGACAAAGACGUCUGUCGGAUCAAAGGCGAGCUGAGCUGGAGGCGCUGGUGACUUUGUCGAAAAUCAAUAGCAAGCGGUCGCUGACCACGCGAAGAAGCGGGCUACUGGAUCCGAUGAUAAUCGGCCGGCGACGACGUUUCGCGAUGGACCAAGCUCCUACCGAAUUGGUAUCUAUCAAAGCGAAGUACACCGGAGAUCCUGCGUAUUCUCGAAUUAGUUGAGUAGACCGCCCGAUAGAGCGUCCGACAAAUGAAAGACUGCAUAUUAUAUCGCGAGGGAUGAGCCUAGCACGUAAAAGAGGACACCGUUUCGGGGAAACAGCUACUUAGGAGUUAGCGAAAUCGCGGAACGAGGAUUAUAUUUUAUAGCGACAUGGGGGUGCAUGAAGAAUACCAUAGACUUCUUAGAUUAAAAUCCAUGAAUAUUAUAUAAGUUGAUUGGAAAAAAAUAUGUAUGUAGGCAUUUUAAUUUGUAAUUUU